AUGAAAGAAAAAAAAACGAAUUAUAGAAGUGAAUCCAUAUUCUCCGCCAACAGGAACCUCUUUGAGGUACUGGAGACCAUAGACGAUGAAAAGGAAGCAAAAAGAAGUGCAAACUUUUUUAAUAGCAAUAAAAAUAUUCUGCUAAAUUUGUUUGUGAAUCCGAAUAGUAACAACCAUGUGGAUAGCAUUCUGUUGGGAAAAAAAAAUCACCUUAACCAUGGUACGAAUGCGAAGAAAAAAGAAUGCAAGAAGGGGGAGCCAAGCAAAGGGGAGCCAAGCAAAGGGGAGACAAGCAAAGGGGAGACAAGCAACGGAGAGACCAACAACGGGGAUGUUAAUGCUGUAAGGAAUAGCCCUGUCUGUGCGAACAAAAAAUGGAUCCAACACUUCUGUUGGUUCUGUUCCCUUAACCUGUUGGAUGAAGUUCUAGAGAAGGAAAUAUAUAAGGAAAAAAUACACCCACACGUUUACGAUUUAAUUUAUGAUGAGAACACCUACUUCGACACGAGCUCCAUGAUGAGUGUGCCUUACGAGUUUGCCCGUUUUAUGCUGACCCAAAUGGAUAACAGUAUCCUGCAUGAUAUUAAGAUCAAUAAUACUAUUAAGGAGGAGAAGUAUUUGUUUAAAAAAUUUUGUAGAAAAUAUAAGUACAAUAAAAAAUAUAGGAAAGUCGGUGGUGGGCCCGGUUCAGGGAGACCCUCCUCAAGCAGCGGUAUCAGCGGUAGUAGCGGUAGUAGCGGCAGUGGGGGUAGUAGUGGCAGUGGCUGCAGUGGCUGCAGUAGCGGUAGUAGCAGCAGUAGUGGCAGUAGCGGCAGCGUGAAGAGCGACCACAGCUUGGUUUACCGUAGCAGGACGGUCAGCGUUCGUUACAGCAACUAUUUGAACAUACGGAGGGAGCUCUUUAACAACGGCAGGGGUGAUGGGAAUGACUUGGACCGCGUUAAUCGCGUUAAUCGCAUGGAUCGUGUUAAUCGCUCGAAUCGCGCGAACCAUGUGGGGGGUAGCUCCCAGAAUGCGAGCAAGCUCUUCUACGACAGCAACAACUUGGGGAACUGUGACAGCACGGACUUGUUUUACUGCAAGAAGGCCGCACUGCCCGACGAGGCGAGCAACAACAGAAGCAACAGAAGCAACAACAACGGCAGCAACAACAACAGAAGCAACAACAACAGAAGCAACAACAUCGGCAGCAAUAACAACAACUCGUAUGACACGCUCUCCUUGGACGGUGAAGAGAACAGCAGGAGAGAGACAGGACAGCGUUCCCGAUUGACAGUCGUGGGGGACGCGCCGAAUCGUAAGGGUGGUGAACAGAUCAGCCCCUCCGUCAGCAACACCAGCAGUGGCGGAGUUGUGUUCAGGGACAGCCAGGGGAGGCUCAAAAAAAAGAUGAGCGAGCCGAACAUGCCCUCGCAGGGCGUUUGGAAGAGUCCAAUGGGGCGAAGUGGGAGAAGUAACCGAAAUGACCGAAGUGACCGAAAUGGCCGCAGCUACCGCAGCGGUAGCGGCUUCAGCGUCGGAUGGGUGGCGCCGGGAGAGAGGAAAGGGAAGAAGGAAAGAAGAUUAGCGAAUAGGAGAGAGCUGUGCAGGCGUCAUUUCGCCAAGAGGGGCGUGCGUAAUAAUGAGCACGUGAAGGGUGACGCUCUGUGCGAUCGGUUAUUGAAGAGAAGCAACUCGUUCAGUAUACAUCGUCUCGAAGGGGGGGGAGCUGCCGACGGGGGAGUUGCCAACGGGGGAGCGCUGGCGAGUGAAGUCGUAAACGGCGGAGGUGCCAACGGGGGAGGUCCCCCCCAGGAGGCGCGGAAGGACCGCCACAGCAGCCGCAGCCAAAGGAUAUACAACAAGUACAAGCAUAACCUUAACUACAUAAAGCAGUUCUACUACAUAGACGAAACGGAGAAGAAGCCCUUCCCCCUGUGUCUGUAUAACAUUAUCAAGUCGUACGGGACGAUUAAGCAGUGCUCGCGCUGCUAUUGCUUCUUCAACUCCAUAAGUUGCCAUUGCCUGGAGUGCAAAAGGAAGGCAAAUAUGUCAUUGAAGAAUCCUCACUACUUUAUUUUUCAACACGGAUUAACAGCUAGUGUGCAUGAUUUUCAAAAUAUAGUGAAUCCCCUCCUGACCAAGUAUCCGCAUCUGUUUAUAUACAUAACGUACAGUAAUCAAAGUCAUACAUUUGAAGGGGUAGAUGUCGGUACGGAGAGAAUAUGCACCGAACUGAAUUGCCUUUUUAAAAUUAUUAAUGAUAAGAUUAACGUAUCCAUGAUUGGACAUUCACUUGGAGGAAUUUUGAACAGAUCUGUGCUCAUAAAUCUGUAUAGAAAAAAAAUGUUUAAAAAUAAAAAGUUGAUAAAUUUUAUUACUUUUGCAUGUCCUCAUAUUGGAGUGCAUGAAAAUAUGACUAUUAUGAAGCUUUUUUCAACUUAUCUCGGAGCUCACACCAUUGAUGACCUAAACAAUAAAACUACGUUGUUGAUAAAGAUCGCUAGUGUAGAGAGUAUUAGCAUUUUGAAAAAGUUUGAGAAUAUCAUUUUUUAUGGCAAUGCUCAAUCGGAUUGGCUAGUCGGAAUCCGAACGUCUCUUAUUUUACCUUACACUCUUUUUAAUGAGGAACUUAUUUUGUUUAUAAUAGAACAGGCUAGAAAUGUACCAGAAAUUCCUAUCAAUAUUUUCUCUGUGGUGCAUCUAUACAUGAGGAAGAAGAAGCUUCUGUUCUUUUACUUCUAUCAGGAUUUGAAGAACCCCAAUUAUCUUCUGAACAAGCGGAAGGAUCAGAACCGGUUCCUGGACCAGAUGUUGCAGACUAUUAUUUCCUCGCGCAAGUUGCUCUCCAGCUCGCACAGGAAGAAGCUCAACGUUUUUAUGAACUACUACGGGGGGGCGGUUGCCAAGGAGGACGCAAAAAAGGGGAAGGAGAAGAGGAGGAAGAAGUCCCCCUGUGGGGGGAGCCCCUUUGGCGGCAGCACGGUUGGCGGCAACGUACUUGGUGGCAGCGCACUUGGGGGAAGCCCCUUUGGUGACAACGCCAGCUCGUCCAAGGCACGGAACGGAUGCUCCAAGAGGGAAGAUAGCCGCGCGUGCGAGGAGCAAAAUUACGGCAAUGCCCCUGUGCAGAGGAACAGGAGGGGGGGUUCGAUCCACACAGACGAUGAAGCUCCGGUGCUGCGCAGCACAAGGGACAAGCCGUACAUGUCGGACGGAGUGAACGUACAGAGGUUUCCAAUUCAUUUUAGAAAGAACGUCAGUACAGAUAAGAAGGCAUCCGUUUUUAAGUCGCACACGUGUGAGGAGGUCAGUCUGGAGGGGAGCAAGAGGAGGGAAGCCGCGUCCCAGUUGGUGAGCGACUCGAAGGGGAAGGGUAGUGCAAACGAGAAGGGUAGUGUAAACCAGAAGGGUAGUGUAAACCAGAAGGGUAGUGUAAACCAGAAGGGUAGUGUAAACCAGAAGGAUAGCGCAAAUGGGACGAAUAGUGCAAACGAAAAGGCGGGCAAAAUGAGCUACUAUGACAAGUACCUGUGCAUUCCAAACAACUACAAAAUCGUGAGUAACUCCAUCGCCACGGAGAGUGGAGGAGGGGGAAUGUACAGCAAUGAAAAAGUUAACAAUUUUGAGAGUUGCUAUGUGGAGCGUGGAUCUGCAGAGGGUGGAAAAUGUCUACAGGGGAGUCGCCAUACAAGCGACCGCUCCAAGAGCAGUCGUCCCGCGAAAGGAAGCUACACCCCCACUGGAGGAAGUCCCCAUACUGCAAAUCAAAGCGACACUCAAGAGAGUAACAAAAAGAAAAGAUUUGGAAAUUACAAAUACUUUGAGAAACUUUUCUUCGAAUGUCUUAAAAGGAAAAUUAUAAAUGACAUAAAAACUUUGGACAAUAAUUUGAAGAAGAAGAAAAAGAAGACAGACGUGGCACCGAGUAAAAGUUUUUCCUUGCAAAAUACGAUUAACGCACUGAAGAACUACUCCUUGUUUUACUUGAAGAAUGGGACUGAGGGGAGCGCUCAUCAGGGGGGUGCUGUUGAGAGGAGCGCUGUUGAGGGGAGCGGCUUGGGUGGGCUGCAGAGCGGUCGCCAGAACUACCAGCCAAUCGCCGAUGGCACCCUUAGCGUCUCGCCGGACAACGGCAGCACCGUUGGAGAGGCCCCUGAGACGGUGCACAAUGUGAAGGGCGAACCCUGCGAGGGAAAAACCAAAAAGCAAUCGAAUGCGCCACACUCUAAUGAAUCAAACAAGAAAAAGGAGAGCAACAUGCUCCAGGUGUGCGAAGCUAAGAGCGAAGAGUAUGACUACAUAAGUGAGUUUUUUUACACGACGUCUGAGGAUGAGGGAGGCGACGAGAACGAUGAGUGGUUUGGUGACGAGCACGUGGUUGGGGGCCGGAAGAAAAGUCAUCCCCAUGAUGAGGAGCAGCAUGGACAGCCGCGUGAACAACCGCGUGAGCAGCCGCGUGAACAACCGCGUGAGCAGCCGCGUGAACAACCGCGUGAACAACCGCACGAACAACCGCGUGAACAACCGCAUGAGCAGCCGCGGCAGGAGGAGCGCGGCGAGAAUCCCAAGAACAGCGCCCCGACCGCCAGUGGAGUGAAGAAGAAGCGGAAAGGAACAACGCUGCUAAAAGGAAUUACCAAAAACGACAAGAAGAAGUACAAGCAAAUCCUUUUUCACAUUUACACCAUUUCGAAUGAGCAGCUCAUCGAAAAAUUUUGCAAAAAUCCCGAACUCCUCUACUAUGAGGUUUUGUUUUACUGUCUAAAUCAGUUGCCCAUCCAGCGCUACGCGAUUUCUCUCCCCUUGUAUUCCAAUGCGCACGUGCAGAUCAUCGCACACCCGCGCAUCUGUUCGGAGGAGUCCGCCACGGUGAAGCACUUCCUGGAGCAUUUGAUUCUCUGA